GCGGGAGGGAGCUCUCGGGUCACUGCCCUCCUCCCCGUUUCUGCCCCAGCAGCGAUGCAUCGGAGAGCGGCAUGCUGUCGCGGCUGGGUGACCUGCUCUUCUACACUAUCGCCGAGGGACAGGAACGGAUCCCCAUCCACAAGUUCACCUCUGCGCUGAAGUCCACUGGGCUGCAGACGUCAGAUCCGCGGCUGCGGGACUGCCUGAGCCAGAUGCGCCACAUGGUUCGCGAGUCCAGCAGCGGAGGCCUCUUGGACCGGGAGCUCUUCCAAAAGUGUGUGAGCAGCAACAUUGUGCUCCUGACCCAGGCAUUCCGAAAGAAGUUUGUCAUUCCUGAUUUUGAGGAGUUCACGGGCCAUGUGGAUCGCAUCUUUGAGGAUGCCAGAGAGCUCACUGGAGGCCAAGUGGCAGCCUACAUCCCUCAGCUGGCCAAGGCGAAUCCGGACCUGUGGGGCGUCUCCCUGUGCACUGUGGACGGUCAGCGGCACUCUGUGGGCCACACGAAGACCCCCUUCUGCCUGCAGUCAUGCGUGAAGCCCCUCACCUAUGCCAUCUCCAUAAGCACCCUGGGCACGGACUACGUGCACAAGUUUGUGGGCAAGGAGCCCAGCGGCCUGCGCUACAACAAGCUCUCCCUCAACGAGGAAGGAAUCCCCCACAACCCCAUGGUCAAUGCUGGCGCCAUUGUCGUGAGCUCCCUGAUCAAGAUGGACUGUAACAAAGCAGAGAAGUUUGAUUUUGUAUUGCAGUAUCUGAACAAAAUGGCUGGGAAUGAAUACAUGGGCUUCAGCAACGCCACAUUCCAGUCAGAGAAGGAAACGGGGGAUCGAAAUUACGCCAUUGGCUAUUAUCUAAAGGAAAAGAAGUGCUUCCCCAAGGGGGUGGACAUGAUGGCUGCCCUCGACCUCUACUUCCAGCUGUGCUCCGUGGAGGUCACCUGUGAAUCAGGCAGCGUCAUGGCGGCCACGCUGGCCAACGGCGGGAUCUGCCCCAUCACCGGCGAGAGCGUGCUCAGCGCAGAAGCAGUACGCAACACGCUCAGUCUCAUGCACUCCUGCGGCAUGUACGACUUCUCGGGCCAGUUCGCCUUCCACGUGGGCCUGCCAGCCAAGUCAGCUGUGUCAGGGGCCAUCCUCCUGGUGGUGCCCAAUGUCAUGGGGAUGAUGUGUCUGUCACCUCCCCUGGACAAGCUGGGGAACAGCCAUCGGGGUAUCAGCUUCUGCCAGAAGCUGGUGUCUCACUUCAAUUUCCACAACUACGACAACCUGAGGCACUGUGCCCGGAAGUUAGACCCGCGGCGUGAAGGGGGGGAAGUCCGGAACAAGACGGUGGUGAACCUGCUAUUCGCUGCCUAUAGUGGAGACAUCUCCGCCCUUCGAAGGUUUGCCCUGUCGGCCAUGGACAUGGAGCAGAAAGACUACGACUCCCGCACGGUUCUGCACGUUGCUGCAGCGGAAGGACACAUUGAAGUUGUCAAAUUCCUGAUUGAGGCUUGCAAAGUGAAUCCUUUUGUCAAGGACAGGUGGGGCAACAUCCCCCUGGACGACGCUGUGCAGUUCAACCACCUGGAGGUAGUGAAGCUGCUGCAAGACUACCAGGACUCCUACACGCCCUCCCAGGCUCAGGCCGAGGCCGAGGCCGCGGCCCUGUCCCGAGAGAACCUAGAGAGCAUGGUGUGAGCACGGAGUGGUGUCCCCGCUCCAGCCGAAGCGCCAGCCGGCCGCACGCUUACCCAUUACUACCAACAAGCCAUGGACAGCGGCACUGCUUCUGUGGGGACCAGGACUUGGCCAGUGCUUUCUUUGAGAGUCAAACUGCCCAUUCCUUUGGCAGGCAGCAGAGAGAAGUGCCUCCUGGCCCUCUGCAGUGGGGCUGUCCAUGCAGACCGUGGCUGCUUCCAGUACAGCUUCAUAGCCCGGCCCACUCAAAACCACCCAGAUCGCCACCCAGACCCCUCUUCUCCCUGGAGGAACCAUCUCGGCAGAUAGAGAUGCCCUGGCGAAGCGGGGCUAGCCACCCGCCACCAGGCAUAGUAUUUACCCAAGGAGGAAGGGGCCGAGGGUGGCUGUGGCCUGGCUCGCGUAGUCUGGAGAAGUCUGCCUCCCCUUGGCCAGGAAGUGCUCCUGCUACUGCUGACAGCAAUUUUAUAGACAGAGAAAGUAUUUUGUGCUCAAAUAAACUUUAAUUACACAGAUUA